AAAUGGUUGUGCAAGAACACAGCUUUCAGUGGCCUCCAAUUGGAGCUCCACUUAAUAAUAUGCAGCAGCAGAGAGAUGAGCCUAUGAGUCCCUUUAACUCUUCAGUCAAUGCUUUGUCGUUUGGUUUUGUAGCCACUGCCAUUCUCAUCUCCAUGUUCUUAGUCAUGGCCAUCUUUGAGAGAUUUUUCAAACCCACGUCGCCGGAAUUCUCGCCGUCCGGCCGCCGAAGAAUUGGAGAUCUUGAGGCCCAGUUGGAGUUUAAUGGAAAACUUGGUUACCCAUCACCCAAAAUGUCGGUGUAUGCAGGUGGAGUUUCAGUUUUAAUGCCUGGAGAUGAUAUUCCAUCCUACAUUGCACACCCAACGCCGGUGCCCUGCCCUCCCGAACGCAUAUUUUGGCCUCCACAUCAACACAUAUCAUUGCCUAGUAGUAGUCCCGCUGCCAACUCCAACCAGAGCUCAGGUUGAUAUCUGCCUUUUCCUUACCUAAUGUAAUUCACCAACGCAUUUCUGGUUCUGCACCAACUUCAAUUGCCCAUUUUUCAAGGCACGAGCUCUUGUUUCUGUACUAGGGGAAUUGGCUUCCGUACAUGUAAUCCAUCUAUUAUCUAGUAGGAGAAACCCAAAAAUGCAUCUAUAUUGUUUCAGAACCAUUAUCAUUAUGAU